CUUCACUCUUGUUCAUUCCCGAUCAAAGAAAAGGGUCACCCAUGAGAUAAACUCAAAUAAGCAUGGGAAUGUGUUCUGCAUAUGACGAUAUUAUAGAAGCAACAGAGGACUUCGAUAUUAAAUAUUGCAUUGGUACAGGUGGGUAUGGAAGUGUUUAUAGAGCAAGGCUUCCAAACGGUAAGGUCGUAGCUCUAAAGAAACUUCAUACCCGUGAAGCCCAAGAGACAACUCUUUUCAAAAGUUUCCAAAAUGAAGUUGAUAUGCUGAAAGAGAUAAGGCACAAGAACAUCAUUAAACUCCAUGGAUAUUGCCUCCAUAGACGUUGCAUGUUUCUCAUAUAUGAAUGCAUGGAGAGGGGAAGCCUGUUUUGGGUGUUGAGUAACGACAAAGAAGCAGUGGAAUUGGAUUGGAAGACAAGACUGAACAUCCUACAAAGAGUUUCACAUGCUUUGUCAUACAUACACCAUGAUUGCAUUACUCCAAUCAUUCAUCGGGACGUUACAACUUGUAAUAUACUUUUGGACUCAAAUCUAGAAGCUUUUCUAUCCGAUUUUGGUAUCUCAAGGUUACUCGAUCAUGAGUUAUCUUAUCAUACCACUGUUGGCGGUACUUGUGGAUAUAUAGCUCCGGAACUAGCAUACUCCGUGGUCAUAUCAGAAAAAUGUGACGUCUACAGCUUUGGAGUUGUGGCAUUAGAAGUAAUAAUGGGAAAGCAUCCCGGAGAAUUAUUGACUUACUUGUGGUCUAAAUAUACUCCAUGUAUAUUCAUCAAGGAUUUGUUAGACUCACGGCUCAAAUCUCCUUUACUCCAAAUUGGACUGACACAAAGUAUACUUCUUACAUUAACGUUAGCCUUUGCAUGUCUCCAUCCAAAUCCAAAAGCCCGACCGACAAUGCAACAUUUGACUCGAGAAUUCAACCUUCGAAGGCUCUAUCAAGAUGAACUUGUAUUUAACGAGAUUACAAUUGAUCAACUUGUAAAGCAAGAGAUUUAUUAUGUACAUCAGAGUUAGAAAUUAUUAAUUUAGAUUAUGCAUUUUCCCUUCA